GGUGCCAGGAGCAGAAGGCCGCGGGGCUGGGCCUUCCAGCAACCGGGGAGGGUAUAAGUAAGCAGUGGCCCCUGAGAUAAAAUAGGAAACCUGGAAAACGAACGUCAGGAGCAGCUCUGGACUCGCUGCCGACGGGCAGCAGGCCUGUGGAAGUCCCAUCAAGGGACCAGGAGGUGGAGGAGGCCAGCCCUGCUGGCUGGAGAUAGGCAGCACAGCUCCCAGCGCUGCCCACUGCUGGACCCCCUGGACCAUCGUGGCUCCCCGGCCAGGCACAUGCAAGAGGACAGACCCCAGAAAGACUCUGCUUUCACACAUCCGCAGCUGCCAUCCAGUUUAAGCCAGGGGGUUUAGAGACCUGAAACAUCAAUAGCUUCUGGGUGGUUCUGAGGAUUCAAGAGGUGGGAACGUUGAGGCACAGAGAGGUGAAGCAGCUUGCUCGCCAGGGAGCUACAGACUGGGGUUCAGGCCCAGGUGACGAGGUUUGGAGGCUGCUAUGUUAAUGCUGCUUGUCUUUGGAGCGUUACUGCAUGAAGUCUCUCUGAGUGGUCAAGAUGGGGCUGCCCCCGAGACCCACCAGGCGCCGGGUGAGCCCCUGUUCGACUACGCCAGCCUCCKCCUGCACCAGGAGCACAUUCCCCGCUUCUUGCACAACAACAGGCACAUCGCCGCCCUCUGCAAGAAGGACGCACACUGCCCAUAUAAGGAGCACUUGGAAAACCUGAACUACUGCUGGGGUUACGAGAAGUCCUGCCAGCCAGAGUUCAGGUUUGGUUACCCCGUGUGCAGCCUGGGAUGGAUGGACAGCGUGGAGGCGGCCCAGGACUUGUUCUGGAAGCAGGCUGACUUCGGGUUUGCCAGGGAGCGGCUGGAGGAGGUGCGCGUGCUGUGCCGGCCCGAGAGCACGAGCGACUCCAGUCUGAUGUGCUCUCGUUACCUUCAAUACUGCAGAGCAACCAACCUCUACCUUGACUUCAGAAGCAUCAAGAGAGAUGAGGAAAGAUUCAAGGAAGAUUUUUUCCGGAAAGGUGAAAUUGGAGGACACUGUGAACUUGACUCGCACUUGUUGUUGUCUGAAGGUCAACGCAAAAGUCCUCUGCAGUCUUGGUUUGCUGAGCUACGAACCUAUACUCAGCUCAACUUCAGACCCAUAGAAGAUGGUGAAUGUGACAUUGUCAUUGAAAAACCCACGUAUUUCAUGAAAUUAGAUGCAGGUAUCAACAUGUACCACCACUUCUGCGACUUCGUCAAUCUCUACAUCACCCAGCACGUGAACAACUCCUUCAGCACGGACGUGUACAUCGUGAUGUGGGACACUAGCUCCUCUGGAUACAGGGACCUGUUCUCCGAGACCUGGAAGGCCUUCACGGACUAUGACGUCAUACACUUGAAGACCUAYGACUCCAAAAGGGUGUGCUUCAGGGACGCMGUGUUCUCGCUGCUGCCCCGCAUGCAGUACGGGCUCUUCUACAACACCCCGCUGAUCUCCGGCUGCCAGCACACGGGGCUGUUCAGGGCCUUCUCCCAGCACCUGCUCCACAGACUGCACAUCAGGCAAGAGGGCCCCCAGGACGGAAAACUUCGAGUCACCAUUCUCUCCCGGAGCACAGGGUAUCGCAAAAUACUGAACCAAGACGAGCUCGCCAAUAAGCUGAGGACGGUGCCUAUGUUUGAAGUCCGGGUUGUGGAUUACAAGUACGGAAAGUUCGCGUUCUUGGAUCAACUGAGGUUCACGCACAACACCGACAUAUUUAUCGGGAUGCACGGAGCGGGUCUCACCCACCUGCUGUUCCUCCCCGACUGGGCUGUGGUGUUUGAACUAUAUAACUGUGAAGAUGAACGCUGUUACUUAGACCUGGCCCGGCUGAGAGGCAUCCACUACAUCACUUGGCAAAAGAUGGACAAAAUCUUUCGUCCGGAGAAGAGUGACCACCCAACUCUGUCUGAUCACGAGAAGUUUAACAACUACUCUUUCGACGCAGAGGAAUUCUUGCGCCUUGUCCUUCAGGCUGCCGACCAGGUACUGCAACACCCCAAGUGGCCGUUUAGGAAGUCUCACGACGAGUUAUGAAGGCAUCGGGUCUGUGGGCAAGAAGAGGGUCUGCCCGACACACCACCUGGCAACACAGCGCCACGGGACCUUUUCYAGGCCAAACUACUUCCAGGACGUUUGUGUUUUCUAGUCUUUGUUUCAUGUGUUUGUUGUGUCAUUGCUACAACAGCAAUAACUUUGCACUGAAAAAUGGACUUUUUUUAUAGUUUAAAACUGGGUGAUUGAGCUUUCUUCUUAGGAAUACCAAAGUUUUCAAUUUUCUCAGCUUUAAAAACUUGUAAAUGUUUUUGUAAAAUUUCUUGUGAUUGUAACUGCAGAAUAUUCCGACCUGUUGGUAUGUGGGCAGAUUAAGAAUGGCUCCUUUUGCUUGCCGUCAUCUGUUGAUAACACUGUCAGGAAAGGACACACACACGCACGCACAUGCACACACAUCAUGAUUUUCAGUGCCAGGCUACAGGAAUGUCUUGCAGAUCAGUGUCCAGCCUUCUCCAGGCUGUGAGCACUGAGCACCUGAGCGAAGCCUGCCACUGUGUUAACAGGUCCUCAGACAUUGCAUAUCGCAAUUACGUUUUCCUCAAAGUAACCACUCUGUGAUAAACCCAAUCAGUCCCUUGUGGCUGGUUUGCACUGACUCUUGUGGCUGUGGAGAGCGUCAUGUUGAAUUUGCAGGGAAAAGAGUGGUCUCCACUGUGCAGCUAUCUGUGGCUGCAUAAGUGUGCACAUCCACUUAAAGCAGCAGCAAGUGUUCCUGUCUGUACAGAUUUCAGUGGCCAAACACAGAGGUUUUCCCCUAACAAAAUAAGACAAUAAAAAGGUGGACAUGUGAAUUAUCCAAUCAAAUGAAAUCCAUAAAAAAAAGUGAUAUUGAUGAAAAAGAAUACCAAAAUGAAGUUCAACUCCAGGAACCGACUCAUUACUUCCUGUUCAUGAACUACAAAUUUAGCUGUGAGAAGCUGUGGACUUUUUUUUUUUUGCACCCAGAAUGUGAAGUUCACAUUUAAGAACACUUGAGUCAUCUAAUUGGAGAGUAGUUACUUCUGUUUUUUAAAGUGGGGAUUAGCAAAUUACAGCAAAACGAAAGAGUGUUUUUUAAAAUUUUAGAGUUGUUUAAAAAAAAAAAAAAAAGAACAUGCAAGGGAGAAGUGAUGUUCCAAACAAAAUGUUUGUAUCUAGAACUUGACAGAAGUUUGCUGACCUUUCCUUUAAAGGACUAGCACAAGCUUCUAGAUAGUGAUAUAUAUUAAGGUAUCUGUGAAGAAAACAGUGCAUUACUCUGGGGAAAGCUCCGAUUUGAUUCUGAAAUGGUAUGAAAGGAACGAUAGCAUCAUGCAUUUUUAAAUGACAGGUAUUGCCACAGUUACUGGUGUGGGGCACCAAGUCCCCAUGUGGGAGGACUAGGUACCCGGCACCAGGCCCUGGUGUGCCCACAUCAGGAAGGUAGAGACCUCUGAAACCGGAGUGACCCAUUUAUCUUCUUACCUGCUUUUACAACACAGUGGAAAUGGGACUCCACAGACUAUUGAGAAUUUCAGAAAUCUAGCCCAAUUUCACAAUAAAACUAUUUGAAUAUUUAGCAUUUAGAAUACAUUUUAUACCAACAAGAAUGUACAUUUGACACUUUCGUUAUGGAAUUCGAUCAGACUUUUAGGUGGGACCAAAGAAGGUCUUCAAGUUGUUAUAAUAUUUAAAAUGUCAAGUCUGKUUUUUUUUUUUUUUUAAGACU